AGGAACUCGAAGUGCUUCGAUCGCAACUCGAUGACCUCAUUGACAAGGGCUGGAUUCGCCUUAGCUGCUCGCCCUAUGGUGCACCUGUUUCCUUCGUUCGGAAGAAGAACAAGGAGCUACGUUUAUGCAUAUCGCAAGCGUAAUGCUCGAACCAUUAAGAAUGUCGGCCCACUUCCACGCAUCGACGAUCUUCUCGAACGUUUGGGCGGCGCCAAGUAUUUCUCCAAGUUGGACCUCAAAUCUGGUUACCACCAGCUCGAGAUCCAUCCAAGAGAUAGGUACAAAACUGCGUUCAAGACACGGUACUGGCACUUCGAGUGGGUCGUAAUGCCAUUCGGCUUCACGAAUGCCCCGACCACCUUCCAAGCGGCAAUGACAACGGAGUUUCACGACAUGUUGGACCGGUUUGUGCUCAUCUACCUCGAUGAAGCCAAGUACAAGGCCAAUCGAGCCAAGUGCGAAUUCGCACAGCAAGAGCUUGAGGACUUGGGCCACUUUGUGACACCGCAAGGCAUCAGUCCACUUGCGGACAAGAUCAAGGCCAUCCAAGAUUGGCCGGAACCGACCAGCACCACGGAGGUUCGCUCUUUUAUGGGAUUGGCCGGGUACUACCAAUGCUCCAUCAGCGGAUACGCACGGAUCGCCGCACCCUUGUCAAGAUUGCAGUCUCCACAGGUGCCCUUCCACUUCACCGAUGAAGUCCGCAGUUUGUUCCACAAAUUGAAGACGGCGUUGCUCCUCGCUCCCGUCUUGAGUAUCUACGAUCCCACCUUGCCUACGAGAGUGACUACGAACGCUUCCGGUUACGGCAUGGGUGCAGUAUUGGAACAACACGACGGAGUAGAUUGGCAUCCGGUUGAGUACUUCAGCCAAAAGGUGCCUCCCAUCAACUCGGUUGAUGAUGCGCAAAAGGAGUUGCUCGCGUUCGUCACGGUACUCAAGCGUUGGCAACACUUCCUCCUUGGGUGUCGUAGGUUCACUUGGGUGACGAAUAAUAACCCAUUGACCUACUACAAGACGCAAGACACGGUGAGCAGCAUGAUUGCCCGAUGGAUGUACUUCAUCGAUCAGUUCGACUUCACACCGAAACACAUUCUGGGCCUCUCCAACCGAGCCGCGGAUGCUCUCUCGCGAAGAUCAGAUCUUUGCGCAGUGACUCACCAUGCGUUCAGUUUCGACGAAGCCCUUCAUCAGCAUUUUGUGCGAGCAUACAAGUACGAUCCGGAAUACGCCACGCUCUACGAGCAACUAUCCUCGGAUCACCCGUCGGCCAGCCAUUAUCGCAUCGUCGAUGGCUACCUGCUGCUUCACUCACGAGGCAAGGACUUACUAUGCGUCCCACACGACCGUCGCUUACGGACUCAUCUCCUCGGCGAGUACCACGACUCGAGACUCGCCGGCCACCUCGGAGUCAACCGUACGAUCGCAAGACUUCGGCAGCGAUUCCGGUGGCCUGACCUCAUUACCGACGUCACUCGGUAUUGCGACUCUUGCGAAGUUUGCCGACGAAGCAAACCCCGCAAUCGCAACCCCUACGACAUCGUCAGCGAGCGCGACACUCGGUUCAUGUCGGCAUUUUGGACCUCUCUCAUGAAAGAGUCCGGCACCGAGAUGAAACCAAGUUUGGCUCGACAUCCGCAAACGGACGAGCAGACGGAGCGGGCACAUCAAACCGCUCAAGUAAUGCUUCGCAAAAUAAUCCGUACGGAUCAGAAGGAUUGGGUGGACCGCCUCCCCGACAUCGAAUUCGCCUACAACACUUCGGUGCACUCGGCGAUCAUCGUGACUCCGUUCGAGUUAGACCACGGUGGCCGAAAAGGCCGCAUCUUCGCUGAUCUUCCUUUUCCAAGGACUGCCGACAUUGACGCCGCUUGUUCGCCCGCCUCCGUUCGGAAGUAUAGGGACUUGCUGGCUAAAGCCCGCGCCAACAUGCAAAAGGCUCAAGUCCGCAUGCAACAACAAGCUAACAGGCCUCGCGUGCCAUGCCCCAUCCGCGCCGGCGACCUUGUUUUGGUCUCCACGGAAGAGUUUGCACUCGAGCAGGAUGUAUCCCGCAAGCUACUUCCAAAGAGGUUUGGACCAUGGCCCGCCACAUCAGCCGCGGGUGAUGAGCCACAUGGCCCUUCAUUCGUGAUCGAAAUCCCGCCGCACCUCACGGUGCACCCGGUUUUCCACGCCUCCAAGUUGGCCACAUAUACACCGGCCAAGAGCGACGACUUCCCGGGACGACGAUCACAGGACCCUCCUUCCAUGGAUGGUCAUCAAGAAGUCGUCCGCGUCAUCACUCAUCGCAAGCACGACAACAAGCCUAUGCAGUACAAAGUCACAUUUAAGUGGUGCGACCCCGAUGACACGCGAUGGAUUUCCCGGGCAGCUUUGCGAGGCUCCGCUCCUGACAUCUAUGCUCAUUAUGAGAAGAAACGGCUAGCGACGGAAGUUGCGCAGCCUCCCACCUAGACUUCAGUCCCUCCCUCCACCUGACAGCUUCGCCCUCGCAGGUAAGCUCG